GUCGUCGACUCCGUUGGAAAACAGCGCCUCAAAUCUCCCACCGCCAGUUUUCAUCCUUCAAGUACCUGUAUGCUUCGAAAAUGGACUUCACUCCUCGCCCUUUGUUGUUGGAAGAGGAGACUCUGGACUGCUACUCUCCCGAUCAGUUCUAUCCCGUCGCUGUCGGCGAAGUGCUCAAUUCUAGUUAUCGAGUUGUGGGAAAAUUGGGGUAUGGUGCGCAAGCUACUGUGUGGUUGUGUCGGGAUGUUAGGGAUCGCAGUUUUGUCGCCGUCAAGGUCUGUUGUACUCGGAAUGGUUAUCAAUCGGCUCGCGUUCAUCAGGAAUUGCAAUUCUACGAGCGCGUCAGUUCGCUCCAGACUACCACAAAUCAUCCUGGCCAAUCUUUCAUUCGUGGUCUCCUCGAAACGUUUGAAAUCGUAGGCCCGACGGGCCAACAUCUCUGUCUGGUGCAUACCCCGAUGCAUAUGACUAUUCGAGAGUUUCAAUGCUUGAAUUCGUCCUGUCGAUUGAACGAGACGCUGUUGCGGUGGACUUUGAGUAAUGUUUUGCAAGCGCUUGCAUUUUUACAUGAAGAAGCGGAAGUUGUACAUACUGAUAUCAAUCCAUCCAACAUCAUGAUGACUGUCGCCGACGAAUCUCUUCUCGAGCGCGUGGAGACGGCCGAAGCGGAAAACGCGUUGCCCAAAAAGGUUGUAGACAAUCUUCGAACUAUAUACACCUCUCACAAACUUGGUCUUCCCAAGGACGGGCUCUGGGGCCAACCAGCUCUGUGUGAUUUCGGAGAAGCUCGCAUCGGAAAAUUUCACAAAGGUCUCAUUCAGCCGGAUUUGUACCGCGCCCCUGAAGUGUUGUUCGGGAUGGAAUGGGGUCCCAGUGUCGACAUUUGGAGUGUCGCAGUUAUGGUGUGGGAUCUUCUUGAGAACAGACACUUGUUUGACGCUAUUCAUCCCGAGAAUGGGGAAAUGUCCGCAACUCACUACGUUGCGGAGAUGGUUGCGUAUCUCGGAUUGCCUCCACGGGAGUAUAUCCAUCGAAGCGAAACCACGGCCAAGGUUUUUGACAAACAUGGUCAAUGGAAAAACGCAGGAGGAGUCGCUAUCCCUUCGCUCUCGCUGGAAAGUUCCAUUACUACUGCUUUUGACGGCGAGAGGAAGCGUUUGUUUCUGGAAUUCAUCAAGUCUAUGCUACAGUGGUUACCUGAAAAGAGAAAAACGGCUUCGGAACUCCUCCGGGACCCUUGGCUGAAUGCGAAAUGUAUUGUUGAUGCAAAGACUUCAAGACUUUCAAGACUUCAAGAACUUGGAUCUGCGACGUCUUGACGACGAAAAAACAUGGCCUACGCAGAAGAAUGGUUCGAUCGAUGGGGAGUUGCAAACUAUACGAGUCAGACGCGUGCAUGAAAGGUCGAGAGUCGCAAGAAAAAGCCAUUGCGUAGGGCGUAGGAAACAGGUCUCGGCUGUGAUUUGGAUUUGGGGAUUUGGGGUUGUAUACAACUACGUUUGCAUCUGCUCUUUACCUUCACUGUUCUUUUUUGCUUGUACUUUUUUUCUGUAUAGGUGAAAACGACUUUUUAUUUUUCGCACGACGAUAAAUCUUUGUAACGCAGGAUACGAAAGUACCUACCUUACAGUAGGAGGAGGCAAGCAGACACGCAAGCAUAACCAUCAAUCAUCAUCAAUCAUGGGGGAUAUCGGAUCCGAAGCAGCAACACCAGUACCAGCGAGUCCAACGACACUGGAUAUGACGACUGUCCCCGUAGACGAACUCUGCAUGACAUUUUCACUCGCCACUGCCGCGAGCAAUUCCUCUUCGACGUUUAUCUCGCAGACCAAGCAAGGCCGCCGCAUAAUAUCCGAUUCUCUUUUCUCCUCCUCCUCCUCCUCCUCGCACGAAUUCUCGCCAUUACCAGUCGGUCUCACAGUUGCGGGAACUCUCGUCGAUGAUCCGAGUACUAUCACCGCGCCGUUUCUUCCGGGAGAUACGAUUCUCGCGUGUUUGACGCCGGAAACCGCGUCGGGGUGUAUUCUAUCGCCUCCUCCUCCUUCGACAACGAUUCGGAAGCAUCAUGACGAGUCUUUGUCGGCAUCAUUGCAGCAACAAUCACUGCAUGAUGAUAACGAUGAAAAACAACAACCUCCCCUCCGACUCCGCAUCCCCACGAUAUCCGCUCUCGAACUCCCACCCACCAUGUCCCCCUCUAUAGGCUGUGCACACCUCACGGCACUCCUCACGGGAGCGGCAAUUCUCAAGCAAGAAUUACACAUCCCCAUCACACGCACACCCAGCGCGUCGCCCAAUUUGGCCGAGGAGAGUGGAGUGCGGAGUUAUAACGAUAAACGCAUUCUGGUGAUUGGAGGGGAGACGGUGUUGGGAGCGGCGAUGGUGCAGUUGCUUCAUCGGGCGUUGCCGGAGGCGAAGGUGUAUGUUUUAUGUGGUGUUGGAGGGAGGAAGGAGAAGGAGGAGAGUAAGAAGAAUAAGGAGCUUGAGGAGGAAGGGAAGGAGGAGCGGCUACAACUACUGAAGCAAAGAACAAAACAUCUCCUAGGUCUCGGGGCGAUAUCUGCGACAGAUGGGGACGCGAAGGAUCUGAUGGAUCAUCUGUCGCCGAGUUUUGACAUUCUGGUGCAUGCGGUCAAGGGGCGAGAGGUGCGAAAGGAUGUCAUGGGUGCUUUGGAUGGAAUGGCAAAGCUGGUGGAUUGUGGAUCUCUGGAUGUGGAAGCGGCAGUGGGGAAGUUUGUGGAAGAGGAGCAGGAUUGUGUGACUUCUCUGCAUGAGAUGUUGCUGAAGGCGGCGGAUGUGUUUGAUGGAGUGGAAGAAGAAGAAGAGGUGAGGACAGGCGGAUCUGUUGGUGGUGGUGGUGAUCACGUGCGCAACAAGAUGAAGCUGGCAUAUCGGUUUGAUCGGGAAGAUUCUGGCGCAGUGGUCGUCGACCCUGUGGCAUAAGAAGUUCUUUUCCUUGAUUAGGUGAUGAUGGUUCAUGAUUUGACGAUGGAUACAUAUCUAAGUAGUGCGAGUUCGAUACCCC